AUGCAAUCUUUUGGGCAACAUAUCGUAAGUCACCCGAAACAGCAAAUUCGACGUACAAAAAAAAGUGAUAAGAAAAGGCGCAAAUAUCGUCAAAAGGCGACAAAAAUCAUUGAAAUACGUAAAACGGCCAAAGGCAAAUUACUUACUUACUAUAUUGAUUGUAUUGUGAGGAUAAUUUUUUUCUCCGAGACCGAGCAAGAUGGCGGAUGUGUUUUCUUUAGCGCUGAACUCGACGCACAUAAAACAUGGUAUAAAUUCUUGUUAAAAUCGUGGUAUAUCUCAGUAAUCUUUGAUGUUUAUGCAGAAGCAGACAGCAACAGCCAACUAACGAUUAAAAAUAUCCAAUUUCGAGAGAUUAUUUCGUAUCAAACGGAAAAAAUGGAAGAAAAGAUCGACCUCAUGCUACAACAAAUAAACAAAAUCGAAAAUCGUCUAGGAGGUAUCGAAAGCACCCUCACAGUAAUGAAAGAGCUUCAAUCCGAUGUAGAUACAAUUAAAAAAAACCAGUGCGGUAUUAUAGAAAAACAAGCAAGUCAUGACACAACGAUUAACAACCACACAGAAGAAAUUACUGGUCUGAAGUUCACAUGUGACAACAUUCUAUCACGAAACACAAAAAUUGAAACGGACAUCAGUGAUCUUAAAAAAGAGAACAAGACUAAAGAAGGGAAAAUCAACAAGCUCAGAGCCGAAAUUAACGAUCUGGAGCAAUAUGGGAGAAGGGUGAUGGUCGAUAUCAGAGGCAUACCUAGAGUUCAGAAUGAAGAUACAACACUUUUGACGACACAACUGGCUGAACUGAUGAAAGUAAAAAUCGAAAAGGAAGAUAUAGACAUCAGCCAUCGAACUUCCAACAAAAAGGAGGCCAGUAUAAUAGUAAAAUUCAACUCAAGAUACAAACGUAAUAUUUUUUACGAAGGUCGAAAGAAGCUGAGUGAAAAGACCAUCCAAGACUUGGGGUUUCAAGGAUCUACGAAAAUAUACAUAAACGAAAGUCUGACAUCAGUGAAUGGAGAACUCUUCCGUCAGGCAAGAGAACAUUUAUUGAGCAAGAAAUUAGUAAAGUAUGUGUGGACAAAAAAUGGGCAAGUUUACGUUAGAGAAACAGACACUGCAGAUAUCAUUAACAUUAAAUCGAAAGAUGAUAUUUUUAAAUGUGCAUCAGAUCUUCAGUGA